AGAAGGGACAACGUAUGAAGCUCAGUGACAAAUCAUACGGUGCCGUUUUCCGCUGGAUAUUUCUCAGACAGCUGUCGUCUUGUUCAACCAAUUCAAUCGUGCGGUCCAGCAAAGGCCAUGGAAGUCUUGAUUAUUUAGUUCAGACAAGCUUGUCAUUCACGCCCCUGCACUGCUUCUCGAAGUGGGCCUUCCUCACCAUUUGCUUCUUUUUCAUGGUUGAUCUCAAUGUUUAUGGGGUUACUGUGUCCCUCCCUGGAGCCCUGCUUAAGAGAUCUCGAGGGUUUUUCUUUUUUUUUUCUCGUGGAAAAUGGCGAUAAAUUGGUUGUGAUAUCUCAGUUCCUUUAACGUGCCGACUUUGUUCUGUUGAAACUUCAUAAUUGAGAUCAACUAAGAUAGAUGUCCCAUUAAAAGCUUACCAAAUACUGCUCCAAAAGUUCUUUCUUUUCUUUCAACAAUCAUAUUCUCUCUCACAAUAGUUUUUGACUUUUUAUAUUGGCUAUAAAAUAGUGAAAGCCAAAUCAUCUUUUGGGAAUAUGAUUUGGGUCUCUCACUCCGUAUCAUUGGUUUUCUUUUUUCUUUUUUCUUUUUUCUUCAGUUGUUGAUUGCAUUAUCAUUUAGGGACUUUUCAGAAGUUCCAUAAGCGGACAUAUUUGUCAUUUUCUGGAAAACUCGUGGUGGUAAAUGAAUGUUGGGGUAAAAAGGAAAAAGGAGUAGAAAUGUAAAACACAACAUGUGGACAUGUCAUCUUUUUCUUCAUUGCUUGCAUUUGUUUAGUGUGUUCUUUUUGUCUCUGUAUUGAAUUUGCUUAUUCCCGAUCUUUAAGUGAGAUCCAUUGAACUGGGGGUCUGCCUUUGCUAGUCACAAACUCGCAGCACAUGGUAUAAACAGUUUUGCGUCUUGGCGUGGUAGCUGUUUGGAAAUUCAACCGCGAGUCCUGACACUCAGAUGGGUGAAUCAAUAGUGGGUGUUUCCAGAUAUGAAGAUAAGACAGGAGAGACGGCUGCCUCAAAACCUGGAUUGGAAGCGUCCAUUUCAUUCGGUAGGUUUGAGAAUGAUUCGCUGUCUUGGGAGAAAUGGUCAACUUUCGCGCCCAAUAAGUACUUGGAAGAAGUUGAGAAGUGUGCAACACCCGGAUCGGUGGCUAAGAAGGCGGCCUACUUCGAAGCCCAUUACAAGAAGAUUGCUGCGCGCAAAGCUGAGAUAAUGGAUCAAGAAAAGCAAAUGGAAGACGAUUCCUUGAGGGCAGAUAAUCAAAAUGGUGUAGAUCUGGCCGAAACUGCUUGUGGUGCUGGUUCCGAAUUUGAUGUAUCUGAUCGCCACUGUUCUGCAGAAGACGUUGCUAUGCAACAAACCAAUUUGAUCAGUGAGGUCAGUAGCACCCAAGUGGAUGAUCUGAAGGAGGAUGCUGCAAUCAGUACCGAAAGUCAAAGGUCAGCAUCUGAGGGAGUGAAAGAAGAAAUAGGUUGUACAGUAGAUAGCCCCAAGUCAAAAGAACCGGUUUUGGUAAAAGAAGUCGUAAUAGAAGAAGAAGAAUCUGCUGUGGUUGAAUCUCAAGACAUGAAGGAAGUUUCGCACAAUUGUAACAAUGAAAUGGGACAUCCUACACUCGUUAAAGUAGAAAACGUGAUCUUGGACCACCAUCCCAAGGAAUUUAAGAAGGUUACUUCAGUGAAUCAGGAGAAAAAUGCGACCAGGUUAAAGAAGAAACCAGUGUCACCCGGCACUAAAACAUUACAUAUUUCCACCCCUAAAGUGUCAAAGCUUAUACUAACUCCCACUGCGUUAUCUGCAUCACAAUCUUCAACAAAGAAGGGAAAUUAUUCAUCUUUACCUAGGAGCAAAAAUCCUUCUGCUGGUGAAAGCAAGAAAGUUGCUCCAAAGUCUCUGCAUUCGUCCCUUAGCUUGGAUCCUACAGAUUCUAAUCCAGCUUCCCUUAGGAUGACUCGGAAAUCUUUCAUUAUGGAGGAAAUGGGGGACAAGGAUAUUGUCAAACGAGCAUUUAAAACAUUUCAGAAAAAUAUCAACCAACCGAAAUCUUCUGGUGAAGACAGAGCUUCUGAUCCAAAGCAGGUUUAUAAUAUUAACGAAAAGGCGCCAGUAAAGGGUACAGAACCAAGGGUUUCAUCUUCUAUGACUCCACGAAAAGAGAAUCAAAGGUCACUAAAAGCAGGUGGUGUGGAUAAAAAAAGUGCUGAGGCAGCCCCUUCAUCUUUUCGCUUGAGAAGUGAUGAAGGGGCAGAGAAAAGAAAGGAGCUUUCAAAGAAAUCGGAGGAGAAGUUGAAUGUCAAAGAGGCAGCAAGGACUGGCCUUCAAUCAAAACAAAAGCUUUCAAAGAAAUCGGAGGAGAAGUUGAAUGUCAAAGAGGCAGCAAGGACUAGCCUUCAAUCAAAACAAAAGGUGGAAAAAGGAGCUGAGAUCAGAAAAUUAAGACAGAGCUUUAAUUUUAAAGCCACGCCAUUGCCUGCCUUUUAUGGGGGAUUAAAAGUGUCAAAAAGUAUUUCAGAUAAGGAAAUGUUGACAAAUGCAGUUCAUGGUGAGUGAUGUUCUUUGGGAAGCUGUACUUCAUGUUCUAAGAUAUACUUCUUGGUUUCGAAGCUAAAUGGUUGGGUGGACAGGGAAGAUUUACAGAAAGGAAUUUCUUCUUAGUAGGGAAUCGUGCCAUAAUAUAUUACUUAGCCCAAAGUCACUUAUGAGGCGCAGAGUUCAUUCCUGAAUGAACAGAAGAGAGAACCCAUAUCAUGAGUCUUCUUGUGUAUGUACGGCAUAUUAGUACUGUGCAGGAGAUAUUAAAGAGGUUGGGACACUGCUACCUUCCAUUGACAAAUCAUUACUCCCGCCUUGCUUUUGCUGUCUCAAACCAAAUUUGGAUAAAGCAAAUAAAUAAAUUUAUAACUAUGUGUAUAAACUGUCCAACCAUUAGAAAUGCAUUAAUUCUUGCAAUUGGUUGCCAUUCUAUAUUGUUCUGGCAAUCUCUAGCCAGUCAUUUUGUUGAAACUAUAUGAUUUUUGGUCUUUUUUAAUAAUACGGACUACAUGUAACACUAAAUUUUGAUUAA